AAGGAAACCCACCCACUCCAGGGGGAAAAAAAAAGAAAAGAAAAGAAGAAAAAAAGGAGAGAGAGAGAAAAGAAAAAAUCCCGUGGCGCGCCGCCUGCUUCCCGGGAAGCCUCGCCAGCAGCCGGGCGGGGGAGCGCGCGCGAGCAGCCGGAGAGCGAGCAGCCCUCGCAGGGAUGGACAUGGUGCAGUUGGUGCAGGGCGCUUGUUGCUCGAACCAGUGGCUGGCGGCGGUGCUCCUGAGCCUCUGCUGCCUGCUGCCUUCCUGCCUCCCCGCUGGACAGAGCGUGGACUUCCCCUGGGCGGCCGUGGACAGCAUGAUGGUCAGAAAAGGGGACACGGCGGUGCUUAGGUGUUACCUGGAAGACGGUGCUUCAAAAGGUGCAUGGCUGAACCGGUCCAGCAUUAUUUUUGCUGGAGGUGACAAGUGGUCGGUGGACCCUCGAGUUUCCAUUUCAACUCUGAAUAAAAGAGACUACAGCCUCCAGAUACAGAAUGUGGACGUGACGGACGAUGGCCCCUACACGUGUUCUGUUCAGACCCAGCAUACACCAAGGACAAUGCAGGUUCAUCUCACCGUCCAAGUUCCUCCAAAAAUAUAUGACAUCUCAAGUGACAUGACCAUCAACGAAGGAACCAAUGUUACCCUCACUUGCUUGGCCACGGGGAAACCAGAGCCUUCCAUUUCUUGGCGGCACAUCUCCCCAUCAGCAAAACCAUUUGAAAACGGACAAUAUUUGGACAUUUAUGGAAUUACAAGAGACCAAGCUGGGGAAUAUGAAUGCAGUGCAGAAAAUGAUGUGUCGUUCCCAGAUGUGAAGAAAGUGAAAGUCGUUGUGAACUUUGCGCCUACAAUUCAGGAAAUUAAAUCUGGCACAGUGACCCCUGGACGCAGUGGACUGAUCAGAUGUGAGGGUGCAGGUGUACCGCCUCCGGCUUUCGAAUGGUACAGAGGAGAGAAGAAGCUCUUCAAUGGCCAACAAGGAAUUAUUAUUCAAAAUUUUAGCACAAGAUCCAUUCUCACCGUGACCAACGUGACGCAGGAACACUUCGGCAACUAUACUUGCGUGGCUGCCAACAAGCUGGGCACGACCAAUGCGAGCCUGCCUCUCAACCCUCCAAGUACAGCCCAGUAUGGAAUUACCGGGAGUGCUGACGUUCUUUCCUCCAGCUGGCACCUUGUGUUGACACUGUCCUCUUUCACCAGCAUAUUCUACCUGAAGAAUGCCAUACUACAAUAGAUUUAAAGACCCAUCAAAGGCUUUUAAGCAGUCUGUGAAAGUGCUGAUGGCUGGAUCCAAUCUGGUAGAGUUUGUUAAAAGCAGCGUGGGAUAUAAUCAGCAGUGCUUACACGGGGAUGAUCACCUUCUGUGGAAUCGCUCAUUAUGUAAAUACUUUAAUUCUACUUUUCUUUUGAUUAGCUGCAUUACCUUGUGAAGCAGUACACAUUGUCCUUUUUUAAGACGUGAAAGCUCUGGAAUUACUUUUAGAGGAUAUUAAUUGUGAUUUCAUGUUUGUAAUCUACAACUUUUCAAAAGCAUUCAGUCAUGGUCUGCUGGCUGGCAGGCUGUAGUUUACACACACGAAUAUUGCAGUGAAUAUGUGAUUCUUUAGGGCUGCAAUACACCAUUCCGUUCCCUGUUUCAACAAGAGUCAAUCCACAUUUACAAAGAUGCGUUUUUUUUCUUUUUGAUAAAAAAGCAAAUAAUAUUGCCUUCAGAUCAUUUCUUCAAAAUAUAACACAUAUCUAGAUUUUCUGCUCGCAUGAUAUUCAGGUUCCGGGAAGGAGCCUUGUAAUAUAAGUGGCUGUAAGGCUCUGCUUCUUCCUGUAAGCUCAGCAUGGGUGUGCCUUCAUAAAUAACACUUUUCUCUUUGCCUCCAAUGAAUAUCAAAUGUUUUGCUAACUCCUACAAUUUGGACACAAUAAUAAAACCACAGCAAUUAAGUUAACCUCACCCUAUCUCUGAAGAACAAAGGAGCCAUUGGACUGUGUGCAUUCAUGACCAGAGAGGUCUGAGAAUUUUACCCCACAACAACUCAGUUUUCAUGAUGAGGACCGAAAAUGUACUAUAUGAUGUCUGUAGUUGAAAUCACAUGUUGGCUCCACUGUGGAAAAGAAUUCCCUUUAAAAUGACAGUACUGCCCACUCCAGGGAUAGCCCACCAAUGCAGCAUCUGUCUUCCACUCUCAGAAACCAAAAUCUUGAACAUGGCUACUCAGAAGGAAAGUGGAGUGCCAUCACCUAAUGUUACAUGCACACCCAAUGGAUUUGGUUUUGUGAUAGGGAAGUGAGUGUGACAGAGCCAGUGCCCUACAGACAGGGGCAUUUGUAUAUCUUCCACCUGGAAAUAUAACUCGGCUGAUAGGAAUGCAUGUUAUAUUUUUAAAAGUUCCAAAAUGUACUAUAACAAAUGUUGUAUAUUAAGAUUAAGCCCUGAAGUAUCGAAAUCUUCAGUAAAGUUUUUCUAGCCAUUUCAGCUCAAAGUAAAGCCAAAAAAGAAGAAUCGCCAUGUUUACUUCUCGUUACAUGGGAUACAUAAAAUGUAAUCAAUGAGCAGAACAUACCAGUCAUAAGGUUAUCAUACAACAGAUCAAUUUAAUCAAUGAUUGUGAAUAUUACACUUUUUCUAUUAAAGAACAAAUACUACAUUUUUGAAGGAAAAUGCUGUUAGUUUAACUAUUAUAUUACAGGAAUAGGCUCAUGGUUUUACUUUUGACCAAAGAAAGACCAUAGCCUUGAAAGCCAUUUUACAGGUUUGAUGAAGUUGCCAAUUUCAGCACACCUAGAUUUCUACAGUUACCUUUUGCAAGUCACAACAACAAUAAUGAUCCGAUUAAUAAAAUUAGACACAAAAAUUUUUCAAGAGGUUAUUUAAGAGAACUAACAUUUUACCCAACAAGGGAUGGCUUAAAUAUUGUGAUUUUUUUUCAAAUGAAAUUUAGAACCAAGGGACACCAUCAAUCUAUUUUAAUUAGAAAAAUGAACCAUAAAUAAAGGGACAUAAAUAUAUAGUCUUCACAUAAAAUGGCAACAAUAUGACAUAAUGCUAUUAAAUUUACUAGCUGUAAUAAAUUUAUGACAUUUUUUGACUGAUAUUAAAAGCAAGUUUUACAAAAAUUAUGGCAUUUAAAUUUAUUAUAUAUUUGCUUCUAAAAAUGUUUUUUGUGGAAUUGGUGAGCAAAUUGCAAAGUCCUUUUUUUGUAUUGCAGCUUUAAAGCAGCCACUCCAUUAAUCUACUUACUAGAAAUAGUGGUGCUACCACAAAAGUGUUGACCGUCUGUAACAUCAUGUGGGGAAAGAAUCUGAUCAAGAAUGCAUAUUAUACAGUGACCGUUUUCCUAGAGUUAAACAAUACCUCCUCUUGUAAGGUUUGUAGGGUAAAUGUGAGGUAAAUUGAGGUAUAAACUAUGGAUGAACCAAAUAAUUAGUUCCAAGUGUUGUCAUGAUUCCGAAUUCGUGGAGUCUGGUGUUUUCCAUAGGGUGUGACAGAAGUACAGUCAUAGCUCCGUAGCUAUAUGUAUUUGCCUUUAUGUUAGAAGAGACUUUCUUGAGUGACAUUUUAAUAGAGGAGGUAUCUGCUAUGUUUUUUCUGUAUCACAGCAGCAUUCCUAGUCCUUAGGCCCCUGGACAGUGAAAUCAUGAGUAUUUAUAAGUUGAAUAUUGUUCAAAUAAGGCUACAGUAUUUGCUUUUUUGUGUGAAUGUAUUGCAUAUAAUGUUCAAGUAGAUGAUUUUACAUUAUGGACAUAUGAGAAGUCUGAUUACUCCAUCUUAUCAGUCCUGACUGUACAAGGUUGUUGCAAUUUCAAAAUAGAAGUCUUAUACAAAUGAUUUAUCUUUUGAUCUCUACCAUUUUUUUAACUAUUCAUUUUAGCGUUGUGGGAUUCCUUUUGUUGCCCCUAAAGUUAUUAUUUUUUUUCAAAGAAAGAAGGAAGAAAAAUAUAGAGCAGUUGAGAGAGGAGAAUAAAGAGAGAAUAAUAUGAGAGAUAAGGGGAAGGAAAGGAGAAAAGGUAGAAAGAUAGAAGAAGAGAAGAGAGAGGGAACAUUGGGGUAGUUAACGUGUUCAUUUGCAUUCUCGGCUUAACCACAAAUGCUGUAAUUAUGUUUUACAAUGAUCCUAUUCAAAACAGAAGUCCUGUGACACCACUAAGUGCUUACUGUGUAGCAAUUAUACAAUGAAAAGUACUGCCCAGGCUACAGCAUUGCGGACUUCCUUUGAGACACUAAGAUUUGAGAGAGAGAAUCUCAAACAUAAAGCCACUUUUGGGGGAUUUAUUACUUCACCAAAAAAGUAAUGCUUCAUCAUAAUGUUUCAGCUAUAUCUAGAAAGUAGACUGGAGAACUGAGAAUUACCAAGCUAAUUCAGGACAAAAAUAUAUGUAUACAUAUAUAAAAAUACCCUUAUGUGUGAAGUCAGAACACUAAGAAAUGGAAUUAUCAAAGCCAAUCAUCUAUAUUGAUCAAAUUACGGAAUAAUUGUUAAUUUACCCAUAGUGCUUUGUGACACAGCCAAAAGUUACCUAUUUAACCUUUUCAAUAAAAAUUGUCUUUUUUUGAAAUCCAGAAAUGAUUUACAAAAGAGGUCAGGUUUUUAACUAUUUAUUGAAGUAUGUGGAUGUACAGUAUUUCAAUAGAUAUGAAUAUGAAUAAAUGGUAUGCCUUAAAAUCCUUUCAAUAUGUAUUUACUUUAAAGGCUGGGAAAAAAAAAGACUCUUUCUGUCUUUUAGUAAAACAUCCAUAUUUCAUAAUCUGAUGUAAAAUAUGUUGUACUGUUUCCAAUAGGUGAAUAUAAAGUCAGUUUAUCAAUUAAA